AUGCUGCGUCCUUCUGGCAGGAGGCGCAAUCGAGCCUGCAAAGGGGGCGUGUCUCGUAGUGUUGAGGCCACCUUCCACGCCUCAGUGUCGUGCACCAGGUUGACCAGACCCUAUGAUGCGCGCACGAACUCUGAGACCACUCGGGUCACCGAGUCCAGCUCUGUUGACGACGUGACGUCCGACAGGACCAGCAACGAGAAGGAGGGCGGGAACACCAUGGAGACAGAGGCCGGCGGCGACAGCGGCGCCAGCAAGGGCACCCGGACGGCGGAUGACUCUUCGUCUGGAGGGUCGAGCGAGUAUCCGGCGUCUUCGCCGACGCUCAGCGGCACCCAGAAUAGCGACGAGGACAUCGGGGUGCCGCACGAGCGCGAUCCCCAGGGGUCGAAGCAGCCGAUGGCGGCGAUGACGCCACGCCAACGUGGCGAAGCAGCUGAGAAGCCUUCUCCGUCCACGACGGCCACGUCGGCCCCCACGCGCCAGAUCGCGAGGUUUCGCAACAGUCAGCACCUAGCCAAGCUGCGACCCGAUGCAACCUCAGAGAAGAGCGUGUACACGUUCAUGCUCCGCCAGAUACCGCGGCACUACACGCAGCUGACCUUCCUGAUCGACGUCUCGCGCCACGGUUUCGUGGGGCUGGUGGACUUCAUCUACAUCCAGUUCGACUCCAGAAAGGGCAAAAACGUAGGCUACGGCUUCAUCGGUUUCACGGAGUCGGCGCACGCCCGGGCCUUCUCCCAGAGGUUCGACGGCGUGCACAUGGGCACGGAGACGGGAGAGCAGGGCAGGCCGCUGCGCAUCCACCCCGCGGCGGUGCAGGGCUACGCGAACAACCUCGCGCACUUCGCCCAGGCGCGGGCCAACGCGGAGCACUGCUCGGCCCCGCUCUUCAUGCCGCGCGGGUCUUGGCGCGGGCUCCCGAGACCCAGCGGGAGCUGCUGGCGCUCUGGGAGGCGCCCGGCCCUCUGUGGGCGGAGCCGCCCGAGGGCCCGCGGCCGCUGCCCCGCCCGGCGCACCCCGCGCUCGGCGCGCACGAGCCCCUGGCCGCGCCCGCCGCGCGGGUGCUGCCGCCGCCCGGGCUGCUUCGGCCGGCGGACUGGCCUGCCGCGUGCCCGGUCUGCGGCGCCACUGGGGCCGUGCCGGACGGCCCGUGUUCUCGCUGCGGCGUGCGCUCGCUCUCGCUGGAGGAGAACGCCCGCCGAGGGCGCCUCGGAGCCCCUCCGCUCCAGACGGCCAGCUCCCCCCCGCCACCCGGGAGGGCCGACCCUGGACGAGCCCCGCUGCUGGAGGUGGGGCGUGGAGCGGCCCUGGCUCGCCCGCGCCUGCCACGGCGCCGGCCAUGGGCCUGCAGCCCAUGGAAGUGUACCAGCAGCUCGAGGAGAGGAGGCUGGGCUUGCUGCAGGAGCUCGCCGAGGUGCACGAGCAGCAGCAGCGCACUCUGGUGGGCUGCAUGCGGGGCCUGAUGGAGAGCCGCUCGCCCCAGCCGCGGCUGUCGCCGAUCUCCAGCUUCGCCGGGCAUGGUCUGGGGAUCCAGUGCGACCGGGUCGGCGUCGGCUUGGCCCAGAUGUGACCGCUCCGCCGCCGCCUGCGAUUGCCACCGCCUCCAUCGGAUCAUCGGCCUUCCUCUCCGCGAGUCCGGGGCCGUCCUGCGCAUGUCCACCACGGCAGCUCCUGCACGGCACGGGAGCAAGCCGUUCCCGGUGCCCCUGGCGGCGUGCUCGCCGCGCGUCGUGUCGCGAGCGCCCGUGGGCGCAGUCCGCACGUGAUUGGCGGAUGUCCGCAACACUCCUUCCUUCCUUUUUAUCGCAGCGGCGUGCGGAAAACUUCUGCUCCUGGUGA